AUGGUUAUGCACGGAGGAUGUUUAGCCAGAAAAGCCACGAUUACUUAUAAUGUGAGUUCCAUAGCAAGAAUCAAUGAUAUAUUUUCUAACACCGAGUUCAACGGAUUAAAAGGAUAUAGUUUUGUUGUUAAAGAGUUAUUUUCUACGGAAUCAUGGAACAAUUUUUGCUUAGCACAUUUGUAUACUUAUUUACCUUUUGGAGAUAUGCUGGGAUUAGGUCAUAUUGGAGAUAGAGAAAUUUGCGAAAAUGUGGGAAUAACUACAAUGAAAUCUAAAACAGGAUUACUACCAACCAUUCAGUCCGAUCUCGUUACUGCUCAUGUUGUAAACGUUGGAGCAAACGCCGAAUUGAUGGCACUACUUUUAACGAUAUCAACAGAAAUAAAACAGACGAGAGAUCAAAUUGAUGCCAAAAUUGAACAACGGUCGGCCGCGAUUGAUGCAAAAGUCGAACAACAAUCAGCAAAAAUAAAACAGACGAGAGACCAAAUUGAUGCAGAAAUUGAACAACAAUCAGCAAAAAUAAAACAGCAGUCAAUAGAAAUAAAACAAACGAAAGAUCAAAUUUGUUCUAAAAUUGAGCAACAAUUGAAAGAACUCAGAGAACUAUUCGAUGCCAAAACUGAACAGCAAUCGGCCGUAAUUAACCUAAAAAUAGAAAACCAGAUUAUACGAAUGGAAAACAUCACGUCAAAAACUGAACAGAAAUUGUGGUAG